AUGUUCCCGAAAUUGUCGAAUCCAAUUUAUGAUAUGGAUUUAACUGAAAAAAAUAAAUAUCAAAAAGAUCUUAUGUUUCUAGAUCUCUAAGGACUCAAAAUAUAGAGACCAGCUCAACCACUUUUUAAUCAGCAAAUAUCUGAUAAAAAUCAAUAAAAGGAGGACCCUUCAAUUUUAAGAUUAAAGCAUGAGAGAUUCUAUAAUAGUUCAGUUCCUUCUCUUCCGCCCUUAUAUAUAAUCAGACCGUUCAGAAAAGAUGGAAAAGGGGGAGCCUAUAUUAAAGGAUAAUUUAUAAAAAAUAAGUUUGAAAAUUAUGAAAAGCUAUUUCAAAGCUGA